GCAACUUGUUCAGUGCAGGCGGUCUACAAACAAAGCACAGAUGGAAAAGUUUAAAACGGUUCUCACAUUGGCUCAGAAGCAGCAGACGAGUCUAAGUUUCGGGUUCGUUGCUUUGUUCACAGCUGGGGGAGAACAAAUAUUUUCAUCCGCUGUUUUCAGAUGUCCUUGCAGUUCCUGGAACUUUGUCUACGGAUGUGUUUUUCUUUUGAUACCUUCUCUCGUGUUGCUGUUGCUGGGUUACCUACUCAGCAGUAAAACCUGGAGGCUUUUAACUGGCUGCUGUAUGAAUACAUCAAAGAUAUUCAAGAGUAAUAAUAUUUGUGGCACUAUCAAAGUGUUCGUACAGGUUACUGUAAAUGCAUCGGUUGCGCCGCUUACCUGGGUUGCGGUAGCACUGCUGCAUGGUAGCUAUUAUGAAUGUGCUAUGACUGGUUGUAACAAUACAGCCUACAUUGAGAAGGUAUGCGAUGGCAAGUCCAAAUGUUUUCAAGACUUUCAUAGGCUGCCUUGCGCCGGUAAGUCUUCAUUGUUGGCAUCUGACAGGGACGAUGUUUUACUGGAGAUACGAGCGCAGUCGCAGGUUCUGGGAUGGAUGCUGAUAGCGACCAUCACAGUCAUUGCCCUGGCCUUUACCUGUGUCACCCGGUGCCGCUCUCCCGUCAGUUUUCUUCAGCUCAAAUUCUGGAUGGCUUAUAUGAAUCACGAGAACGAGUUGUUCGAAAGCCUUGCCACAGAACAUGCGAAGAAUCUUGCCCAACGAAACGUCAGGAGCUUUUUUGAAUCAACAGAACCUCCUGCAAUGAAGACGCCUGACAACAAAGCAUGGGAGAAAAUCUCAGCCCUGUACAAAUUUAGUACUAAGGAUCAUUACUAUAGCAAGUUACACAAGUAUGUUGAAACCUGUGGUGAAAAUCAUAACAAAUCAACCAGGUCCGGAGAAUGUGAUUUUGAAAAUCCUACAGUUCUGAACUUUGUUGAUGGAUCAAAUUUUUUGUGAAGGUGUGAUUUAACAAAAGCAUGAAUUAGAGAAGGGCAACUCCUUCAUAUUGGGCCAGUCUACAUCAGGUUUAACAUGAGCUGAGAUCAUUAACUGGUUUAGGACCUGAAUAGAGGUUUAAUGGUUCAAUUUAGGAAGUAAAAACAUGGUUACAACAAAUACCUGUUCUGUUAGGGCCAGAGUUGCCCAUACCUGUACUAAAUUAAAUCACUUAAUACGAUUCCAAAGUGUUGACAUCACUUCCUUCUUUACAGACCCGUAGCCAUUGUCUUGAAAAGAGGUGCCUAAUUCAUAGAGAAUUCAUAUAUUUUUAAAUAUGUUCUAUGAAAUAUUCUGCUACCCAUCUGCUCCAGCUCAUCCAAAACUCUGCUGCUCGCCUUGUCUUUUCCCUUCCUCAUUUCUCCCACACUACACUGC